AUGAGUGCAGAGUCUCCAACGCCGCGCAUUGUCUGCGUAGGCAUCAUCGGAUGCGGCGAGGUGGCCCAAGUGGUGCACAUUCCCACGCUGGGCUUCCUGUCGGACUACUUCCAGAUCACCUAUCUGUGCGAUAUCUCCCAGGCCGCCCUGGCGCACUGCAAGAGCAAAGUCGCGGGCGACGUGACGACCACGACCAACCCGGAAGAGCUGUGCGCGUCGCCGACCGUCGAUGUCGUCUUGGUGGUCAACAGCGAUGAGUACCAUGCGGCGCACGCCAUCCUGGCCCUCCGCCACGACAAACACGUCUUCAUCGAGAAGCCCAUGGCCCUGAACGACCGAGACGCCGACGCCAUCAUCGAGGCCGAACGGGCAUCUCGGGGCCGCGUCAUGGUCGGCUACAUGCGGCGGUAUGCAUCGGUCUUGCAAGAUGCCAUUCGCGAAAUCGGCGGCAUGGACCAGAUCCUAUAUGCUCGCGUGAGAGAUAUCGUCGGGCCCAACGCGGCCUUUGUCAGUCAAUCGGGGACGUUUCCCAAACGGGCCACGGAUCUCACUGAGGCCGACCUCCAGGACAGGGAUGCCCGGGCAGCAGACAUAGUCCACCAAGGGAUGGAGAAGGAGGCCGGCGUCAGCCCCUCGGAUGUGGUUCCGGCUCGCAUCUGGAGGGCCCUGGGCGGGCUGGGAUCCCACGAUCUGAGCCUAAUACGGGAGGUCCUGGGGAUGCCCACAGGCGUCGUGGGCGCAUGGUUAAAGCCGCCCUUUUGGAGCGCCAUUCUCCGAUAUCCUUCCUUCACCGUCACGUACGAGUCGGGCCUGCACUCGGUGCCGCGCUUCGAUGCCCACCUCGAAGUGUACAGUGCUACCAAGAUGGUCCGCGUCCAGUAUGACACGCCCUACAUCAAAGGAUUACCGGUGACCAUGCAUGUGCACGAGAAUGUGGACGGGGUCUACAAGGAGAGCAUGUUCCGCCGGACGUACGAAGAUCCAUACACCCUGGAGAUGAAGGAGCUCUACGCCAUGGUCGUGGACGGCAAGCCCGUCAAGACGACGGCCGAGGACGCAAAGAAAGAUCUGGAGAUUUUCCGCAUGCUGGUGCGAGCGGCAGCAUCCAAUAGAUGA